CGUCAAAACCUCCAGUACAGCUCAGACUAAUCCGCCAAAUUCUGACCAAUUUCCCAGUCAAGCCAACCGUCCUCACCCCAUCACCACUCUCAUUCAGGCAACUUUCCAGUUUAGACCAUCGUCAUCAUCUCCUCAUUUGAAUGGCAUCACGAUUGGCACCGCCGACGCGCGCAGUGUCAUCGAGCAGCGCCAAAGUGGUCGUCUUCAACGAUCCGACCGCCGCGCCAUCUGCCUCAGCCAAACUGGCGCUGGCAAGCACGAGCGGCAGUGCCUCUUCUGCUGCUUCAUUGAAAGGUCGGAUAGGAGCCAAUCGCGCGGGUGCUGCGGUGCCGGUCGUCGCGGCAGGCGCACGUGUGACCAAGAGCGGUGACGGAGCGGCAGCGCGUGCUGCAGCAGCCGCAGCGGCGCGGAGCAAGGCAGACGAUGACAUUCGACGAGCACGCAUCAAAGAGAAGGCUGCGUUUGCUGCGGCGCGGGCGGAAGUGCUCGAUCUCGGCAUGAAGGGCCAGCUCGGGAACAAGGACGUGCGGCAAAAGCUGCGGCUCGACAAGCACGGGCGACCGCUGCCAAAGCAGAAGCUGCCAUUCAAAAUGUUCAUGGGUGUCCAAGCUGCGCAAAAGAAGAAGGCCAUCAAGGAGCGCGAGGCGAAAGAGCAAUUGCUUGGUCGCACGCGACCAACGACGCCCAAGAAGAAGAAGUGAACGCUUGAUUGUCGUGCGUGUUUUGUUUCGUUAGUGAAAUUGGAGAUUUUGUUACGAUUUCA